ACCAUCACUGCAAUAAUACCAUUCUAUCCCAACCCUGUCCUACACUGUCAAGUGUCAAUCUUGACAAUGAAUCUAGUUGAAGACAGGUAUAUUUGGAGGAAAACAAUUUCUGAAAAUUCCAUUUCUUUUACAUAAUAAUUCCUGCAAAAUUCUGGUGCCUUUCCAACACCAGUAACCAUGAUAAGGAAAUCAUUGCAGAUAAACUUUAAUGACUGCAUUUGGCAAGAGGAAGCUGACAUAUAAGUACAGUAGAACAGAGUACAUACAGAGUCUCAUCAUCACUAUAAUCAUGUCAAGCAAACUAACAAUUACCUUAUUCUUCUUGUUUCUGAACACAUCUUUGUUCCCUACUGCCAUUUCUGGUUUAAAUCAAGAAGGGCUUUCUUUAAUGUCCUGGCUUUCCACUUUUAUCUCUUCCUCUACUGUUACAUCCUUCACUUCAUGGAAUCCAAGUCACGAAAAUCCAUGCAAAUGGGAUUAUAUCCAAUGCAACAGAAAUGGCUUUGUUUCAGAUAUCAAGAUCAGGUCCAUUAAUGUUCCCACAACAUUUCCAACUCAAGUUCUUUCUUUUCCUUUCCUCAAAGUUCUAAUCCUCUCAAAUUGUAACCUCACUGGUGAAAUUCCAACUUCCAUUGGAAACUUGUCAUCAUCUCUGGGAAUUUUAGAUCUCAGUUUUAAUGCUCUAACAGGAAGUAUUCCACCUGAAAUAGGAAGAUUAUCACAACUGAAGCAACUUUCAUUGAGUUCCAAUUUCCUUCAAGGUCAGAUACCAAAGGAGAUAGGAAGCUGCUCAGAACUGCAGCAGCUUGAGCUCUUUGAUAACCAGCUUACUGGAAAGAUACCUGAAGAAAUCGGCCAGUUAACGAGUCUUCAAGUCUUUCGUGCUGGUGGGAACGAGGGAAUUCGAGGAGAAAUCCCAAUGCAGAUAUCAAACUGCAAAGAGUUAGUCAUUUUAGGACUUGCAGAUACCGGUGUUUCGGGUCAGAUUCCACAUAGUAUAGGUGAACUCAAGAAGCUGCAGACACUUGCAGUUUACACAGCAAAUCUGACUGGUGUAAUCCCUCCACAAAUAGGGAACUGCACUUCUUUAGAGGAAUUGUUUAUCUAUGAGAAUCAAAUCUCAGGAGAAAUUCCCAGUGAACUUGGUCAGCUGAAGAAUCUUAAGAAGGUUUUGCUUUGGCAGAACAAUCUGAGAGGGGAACUUCCAGGAAAUCUUGGAAACUGUUCAAGUUUGAAAGUUAUUGAUUUCUCUUUGAACUAUUUAUCUGGAGAAAUUCCUCCGUCUUUUGAAAACUUAGGUACAUUGGAGGAGCUUCUAUUAUCAGAUAACAGCAUUUCUGGUGAAAUCCCAUACUAUAUUGGCAACUUUUCCAGCUUGAAGCAACUUGAAUUGGACAACAAUAAUUUUUCAGGUGUGAUCCCACCUAACAUUGGGAAUCUGAAGGAACUAAAUCUGUUUUUCGCGUGGCAGAAUCAACUGCACGGGAGCAUACCAACUGAGCUGGCCGAUUGUUGGAAACUUCAGUCUUUGGAUCUUUCUCACAAUUUCCUUACAGGGUCAAUUCCGAAAACUUUAUUCAAUCUCAGGAACUUAACUAAGCUGCUGCUGAUAUCAAAUGUUCUAUCUGGUGGAAUUCCACCUGAUAUUGGAAAUUGCACAAGCUUAUCCAGAUUACGCCUCGGAUCAAACAGGUUAGAUGGUCAAAUUCCUCCAGAAAUAGGCCAGCUACCGAGUUUGAGUUUUCUUGAAUUGUCCGAAAAUCAAUUCACUGGAUCAAUUCCUCCGGCUAUUGGCAACUGUAGACAGCUAGAAAUGGUUGAUCUUCAUGGAAACAAGCUUCAAGGAACAAUUCCUUCCUCUUUUGUGUCUCUCACUGCUCUUAAUGUAUUAGAUAUUUCCAUGAACAGAAUAUCAGGCAACAUCCCAGAAGAUGUAGGGAAACUCACAUCACUGAACAAGCUCAUACUGAACGGGAACAACAUAGAUGGAAUGGUUCCCAAAUCACUUGGACUUUGUGAGGAUUUGCAGCUGUUAGAUUUGAGCAGCAACAGACUCACAGGCUUAAUCCCUGCAGAGAUUGGUCACCUACAGGGACUAGAUAUUCUGUUAAAUUUAAGUCGGAAUUUUUUGAGCGGACCGCUUCCUGAAAGUUUCUCAAACUUUUCCAAGCUAGCCAACAUGGAUAUCUCUCAUAACAUGUUGAGUGGAAGUCUUAUAGUACUCAGUAACCUUGACAAUCUUGUUUCUCUGAAUGUUUCUUACAAUAAUUUUUCUGGGGUUCUUCCUAACACCAAAUUCUUUCAGGAUCUUCCUACCAGUGUUUUUAUUGGUAAUCAAGAGCUCUGCACCAACAGAGAUGCAUGUCAUUUAAGUGGAAAUCAUCAUCGAUUAAAAUCCAUUAGAAGGAUCACCAUUGCUAUUGUACUCAGCAUUUUCAUGGCCAUGCUAAUUUUGACAGCUUGUAUUGCCAUAUUUAUCCGAGCUCAAGGAGAGAUAUGCCAGAGAGACGAUGAAGAAAAUGGUUUGGAGUGGGAAUUUAUCCCAUUCCGAAAGCUUAGCUUCUCUGUAAAUGAUGUAGUGCCAAGACUUAGUGAAUCUAACAUUGUUGGAAAGGGUUGCUCCAGUUUUGUUUAUCGUGUUGAAACUCCAUCAGGACAGGUGAUCGCAGUGAAGAAACUACUGCCUAAGAAAGUUGGUGAGGUUCCACAGAGGGAUUAUUUUUCUGCAGAAGUUAGAACACUGGGAUCAAUCAGGCACAAAAACAUAGUGAGGCUUUUGGGAUGCUGUAAUAAUGGCAAAACAAGAUUGCUCUUGUUUGAUUACAUUAGUAAUGGGAGUUUAGCAGGACUGCUACAUGAGAAGAGAGUAUUUCUGGAUUGGGAUGCUAGGUAUAAUAUCAUAUUAGGAGCAGCUCAGGGUUUAGCUUAUCUUCACCAUGACUGUAUUCCUCCUAUAGUCCAUCGCGAUAUCAAGGCCAAUAACAUUUUGGUUGGUCCACAGUUUGAAGCUUUUCUUGCAGAUUUUGGACUUGCAAAGCUCUUAAAUACAUCAUCAGAUACUUCAAGAGCUUCCACCAUAAUAGCUGGUUCCUAUGGAUAUAUAGCUCCUGAAUAUGGAUAUAGUCUCAGAGUAACUGAGAAGAGUGAUGUCUAUAGCUACGGCAUUGUGCUUCUUGAGGUCCUAACAGGGAUGGAACCAACCGAUUCCCGGAUACCAGAAGGCGCCCACAUUGUUACUUGGGUAAAUCAGGAGCUAAGAGUAAAACACAAGGAAUUCACAACAAUUCUUGAUCAGCAAUUACUUUUAAGGUCUGGUACACAAACUCAGGAGAUGCUACAAGUUCUUGGGGUGGCACUCCUUUGUGUUAAUCCGUGCCCGGAUGAAAGACCAACAAUGAAGGACGUAGCGGCAAUGCUAACGGAAAUUACGCACGAAAAUGAAGAUUUCGAGAAGCCUAAUCAUCUAGGAAAUGGAUCGGUAUCGAAUCCUAAACCAGCAGUGCAAUGUCCUAGUUUCUCUGGUUCAUCUGAACCUCUCAUCAGAUCACCUCCUCAAUAACAGUAGUUAGCCUUUGUUUAGUUCUAGCUAGUUGAUUCUUUCAAGUAACUAAUAAAGCUGUAUACAUUAUUAAUGUGCAUCAGUAUUCAUCUAAAAAAUAAAAAGCUUUACUUUAUUUGUUCA